AAGUCUCCAGUAUCAACCACUUUGAGAAAAAAGGACUGUACAAAAGCUGGAGAAAUAACCUCCGCACCAUUGGAGAUUGACGGUGUCGAAAAUGGUGGUAAAGUAGUACAUGAAUUGACUGUACGAGCGUGGUUAAGGAAUCCUAGUAUUUUGAUAAAGUUCACAAUCAUUUUCGCGUGUGUACAGGAUGUUUCUUAUUCCUAUUUACCACUAUUUCUUACCGAUACACUGAAAUUUGAAAAGGAAUGUUUCACCACAACGCCUACAACGCCUACAACGCCCUUACGCUGCCUAAUGCGAGGAGCCACUUUCGUCAUUGUGCAAAAGCUCUUUCCAGAAGAGAGUUCGUCUGAAGAUGGCCAAGAGUGUAAUGCGCGACACGUGUUUUCAAUCCAUCCAGUAUCAAUUGCCUUACUCAGCCUUCUGACCGUUUUAUUAUUUCAGUCUUUAAAAGCAAUAUACGUGGGAAAGGCGUUGAAAGUAAAUGCUACUUCAAAGAGUGAUGAAACAAGACAGGGAGUGGUGAUCUCUUAG